GCCUAGAAAUAACCUACAAGUUCUUUAGUUCACUUGUAAAUUUGUGUGGGCUCAAUCAUUUUAGAGUGUUUGUGCAAUGUCUAGUUUGAAGGGAGAUGCCAUUUCAUCUCGUAAAUUACCAGAUAAUGCUUUCAAUCACUGGGAUGAUGGUUUUGUGCAAUCUAUGGAAACACCAUAUCUCGCAUCUGAAUACCGUGAACGUGCUGAAACACUAGUUAAACAAGUAAAAACCUUGUUAAAAGAAAUGCAGACUGGAUCUGAUGGCGAUCUAAUACAGCGUCUUGAAAUGGUUGAUGCACUGCAAUGCCUCGGAAUAGAUCGAUAUUUUCAGGAUGAGAUAAAAGAAGCUCUUGAUUUUGUUUACCGAUGUUGGGAUGGAAGUGUGGGCAUAGGAGAAGGAUCCGAAAGUUGUAGCAGGAAUUUGAAUGCUACAGUUUUAGCACUCAGACUACUUAGACUCCAUCGUUAUCAUGUCUCUGCAGAUGUGCUGCAAAAUUUCAAGGAUGAAAAUGGUCAGUUUCUUAAGUGUGGAGGGAAAAAUGAUAAUAAUAUGAAGAGCAGUGGAGAGGAACAUGUGGUGAGAAGUAUACUGAAUCUUCUCAGAGCUGCAAGCGUAGCAUUUCCUGGAGAAACAAUUAUGCAAGAGGCUAAAGUGUUUAGCUCUCUGUACCUUAAGCAAGUAUUAAAAAAUAUUGAAGAUACAUAUAAAAGCAGUCUUCUAAAAGAGGUGGAGUAUGGACUUAUCUAUGAAUGGCCUCGUACUUUUACUAUAUGGGAGGCUCAAAAUUUCAUAGAAAUCUAUGACUUAGAUAAUUCCAGGUUAAAGAAUGUUAAGAUUUUGGAGUUGGCAAAAUUAAAUUUCAAUAUAUUACAAUGUGUGUACAAGAUGGAGAUGAAGACACUCUCUAGUUGGUGGCAAAAUUCUGGGAUCUCAAAAUUGAUAGCACUUAGAGAGCGUUCAAUUGAGUACCUUUUGAUGGGAAUUAGUGUUAUGGAUGAGAUGGAGUUUUCUAGUACCAGAAUUGCAGUGGCCAAAGUAGCAACCCUUGUCACUAUACUCGAUGACCUUUUUGAUGACUACUUAACUCUCGAACAAGUUGAGCUUGUUACUGGGGCCAUUAUUCAAGGUUGGAAUGUUUCACUUAUACAGAAUCUUCCAAACAAUUUCAAAAAAAUAGUGGAAUUUGUUUCUAAAAUAGUUAACGAAUUGUCAAGUGAUGCCACUAAAAAGCAAGGGCGUGAUAUGACACAAUUUAUUGCAAAAGCAUGGGCAGAUUAUGCUGAAGCUAAUUUGCAGCAAGCACGAUGGAAUAAAAGUGGAUAUGUUCCAACCUAUAAUGAGUACAUCAAUAUUGCUAGAACAAGUGCAUCGAUUGGACCACUUUCAUUGCAUUCUAUCCUCUUAACCACCAUUUUAGCAAACAAUGACAUUGAGAAGAUAUUCCUAAAUCGAUCAAGAUUAUGUGAGCUCGUAUGGUUAUCUUUACGCUUAGCCGAUGAUGCACAAGAUUUCCAGGAUGAGAAGCUUCAUGGACAAACUGCCUCAGCUGUUUCCUCAUAUAUGAGGGAUCAUGCUGAAUGCUUAGAAGAUGAUGCAUUAUGUCACAUCAAUUGCCUUGCUAAUCAAUUGAUAAAGGAAUUAAUGUGGGAAUUUCUCAAUCCAAAUAAGAAAUUUCUCGACUAUGAGAAGUUAUGUUUCAAUCUCAGUAAAGGAAUACAAUGUUUCUAUGUAUUUGGAGAUGGAUUUACAUAUCCUGAAAAGGGGAUCAAGCAGCAAGUAUUAAAAGUUCUUGUUGAUCCUGUGAAAAUAUGAUGUUUCUAUCAUCCAAAAAGAUAAUUCCACCUUUGUGAUAUACCUUUUCUAUUCCCUCAAUCUUAUCAUUUGUAAUGGGUUAUGAGUAGUCAUCUUGUGGCUACCUUAACUCUUAAUUAAGUCAUGUGAUCACUACUAUAUUAUUAUCUAGUUAUGUAGGCUAGUCUAAGCAUUAUAUAUUGGUAUAUAAGUCAGCCUAGGUGAUAUUCAAGGCAUAAGAAAGUUAUUUAUUGCAGGUAAUAAAUAUUAUUUAAUCACUA